UUCACGCUCAUCUUACAUGGUAUCAGAGCAGUGAUUCAAAAGACCUAAAAUUUUUCAGCCGCCACCUUCUUUUCUCGAUCUCCUUCUUCCUCUCAAACCCUCUUCUUCUUCUUCACAAGCUUGUUCUUCAAGCUUCAUCGUUUGCAGCCAUGUCUACCUCCUCAGAAGCCGUUGUUGUCCCCAAUUCCACCUCUCUUCUCAAUGUGAACAUGUCCAAUGUCACAAAACUCACGGCAAACAACUUUCUGAUGUGGCGUCGUCAAGUCCAUGCUUUAUUGGAUGGAUAUGACCUCGCUGGCUAUCUUGAUGGCUCCGUCGCUGAACCCGACGCUACAGUCACUGUCCAAGGUGUCACCUCCACAAAUCCGGCGCACAAACAGUGGAAGAGACAGGACAAACUCAUUUACUCCGGCCUCAUUGGUGCGAUCUCCGUUUCAGUGCAGCCACUCUUGUCCAAGGCAACCACCUCUGCUCAAAUCUGGACCAAGCUUCUCGACACGUACGCAAAUCCUAGUCGUGGCCAUAAACAACAGCUCCGGGAACAGAUCAAGCAAUGGAAGAAAGGCUCUCGAUCAGAUUGAUUAUAUACUUGGUGGUCUCCCGGAUGACUAUAGG